UUCCCUGCAGUUUUGUCAGUUACAGGGAGUAUUGAAAGUGUUGAGAGAAGCAAUGGAACGUUUAUAGUGAUUUGCACAUCAACUGGAGGUAGACCACUGACAAUGUCUAUCACUGGACCGUCUGGUGUUGUAGAGGACAUGAUGAACAUUAGUGGAAGGGGAGGUGUGGAGUGGGUAGGUAAUGAUACUUUCUCAGCAGAGGUUAUCAGGACAAAUGGAACUCAUGGAGAUGUGUAUGGUUGUAUGGCAUCUAAUGGAGUGUCUAAUGCUUCACACAGUUUCUCUCUGAAAGUUGCUGGGAGUCCAACUCUACUGUUAGUAAUACAGACAUCAGCUACAUCAGUGAUAGUGGAGUGGAGUCAGCCGUCAGGAGGAGCCACAGUGACUGGAUAUGUAGUACACUACAGUCAUGGAGACAGUAAAAAUAUUAUCAUUACUGAGUGUAACACGACUGAUAACAACACGACUGAUAGUAACAUGACUGAGAGUGACACAACGGAGAGUAACAUAACUGAGUGCAAAAAGACUGACAGUAACACAACUGACAGUAGCAUGACUCAAAGUAGCAUUACCAACAGUAACUCGACUGAUAGUAACAUCACUGAGAGUAAGAUGACUAAGAGUGUACCUGGAUCUUCUACUCAUGCUCUGAUUACAAAUCUCACUAACUGUUAUAAGUACACAUUUUCUGUUGAAGCUACCUCAGAGCAUCUCUCUGGAAUGUCAAAGAUAUUUAUUUUGAAACUAGGUACAUCAGACCUAUCAGUGAAUGUCACAGCUGGAGCAGUGAGUUCAACAGUCAUCUCAGUCCAAUGGGACCACCUGAGAGCCUGCAGUCCAGUCAGUCAUCUGUCUGUUAAAUUCUCAGUGAAGUACACUGCAGUGUUCAGUGCUGCCUCUGAAAUUAUAAACGAAAUAAUUGUAUCAUCAACUGAAGCAAUGCUGACUGGACUCACUCCAUACACCAACUACUCCAUUACAGUAGCUGUAGUGAAUGAGAUGGGAAACGUGGGACCAUACAGUUACCCCACCACAAAUCUAACUUUGGAAGAUGUUCCUGGUCCUGUAGGUGCAGUCACGGCAUCUCCCUCUCCGUCUCAAGUUACCCUGACAUGGGAGCCACCACUGAUGCCUAAUGGAAUAAUCAUAGCAUAUGAGGUUUCCUACAGACAAACAGCUUCCUCAGAGCCUGAGACUAGAGUGAACUCCUCUGCUCUGGCCACUAAUUUUACCACAGAGAGCAACCUUGAGGAGGCCACUGAAUUCAUCUUCUCUGUGAGAGCCUACACCAAAGUGGGACCUGGAAAUGCAACCUCUCUUACUGUGGCUACACUAAGUGCUGAGUCAAUUCUGACUUCAAUGAAGACUGCUGUGUUACUUGGAAUUGGAAGUGGUGCGGCAUUAAUUGGAAUCAUUAUUUUUGGAAUUGCCAUUUCCUGGACUGUAUUCAAAAGAUCACACCGCAGAGCCAAGCGAAGAUUGUGCACAGAGGAUAACCCAGCCUAUGGUGUAACUCUGGGUGUGAGAUACAAACCAUCAAGAAAGAUUGAUUCAUCACCUACCCAUACACAAGAGCCUGUGUAUGAUACAAUCCGUUAGUAACAUGACUUCACCUGUCAUCAUCAAUGAAUUAAGAAGAGUUACUGUUUCUCUGUGAUUUAGGAAUGCCAUUUUGACUAAAAAAAUCCUAUCUGUG